GUGGUUUGGCAUGGUGGGUGUGGUGGGUAGUAAGUGUUUGCUUUGUUUAUGGGGUUGGGGAAAGUUGGAAAAGAGGAGCGGUUUUGGGGAUGGGCGAUGACUUCGGUUGUUACUACUACGCCGUGUUUUGCUCCUAUUGUUUGGUUGCUUGCCUGCUUGCUUGUUGGCUGGGCUUGGUUUUGGUCUAGAGGGUAUCUUUUUGAAUGUGUCUCCUCCCCAGUUCUGUGCUAUCUCCGCGAGAUGGGUCUUGGGUUGUCAAUGGCAUAUCCUAACUGACGUGGGGUGUAAAAUAGUAUGAGUAUGAUGAUGUGAUUAAUAAAGCCCUGUCUUUAGUCUUCAAUACUCUCAAUGUGGAUGAUGGCCGGCCUGGUUGGCUUUGGAGGGUUAACCUUGUCUCUCCAGAGGGCUUCAUGGGGUGUGUGCAGUCCUUUCUGUUUUGUUUCUCUG